UCAACAAUCAAACUUCUUAUCUACUCUCUUCAUCUCAACCUUUAGAUCUUUCCUCUGAUCUACAGAGAUAAUGAUUUCGGAGACGGAACUACUACACAAAUUUCAAGUUUUCAAGGUCGCCGGACGGGAUAAAUGCGGCCGUAAAAUCCUCCAAGUCACCGGAAAAUAUUUCCCCGCAAGGAACCUGAGCGUGGACGCCGUGACGAAGUAUCUAGAGAAGAAUAUUCUCCCGGAGCUAGAGAACCAGCCUUUCUCGGUGCUGUACCUCCACGCCGGCGUGGAGAAGAGCGAGAAUUUCCCGGGGAUUUCCGGUCUCCGAGCGAUCUACGAUUCGAUCCCGGUCGCCGUCCGGGAGAAUAUCGAGGCCGUGUACUUCGUUCAUCCGGGGCUCCAGUCCAGGCUGUUUCUGGCCACUUUCGGGCGAUUCAUCUUCACCGGAGGAAUUCGCGGGAAGAUAAAGUAUGUGAGCAGAGUGGAUUACCUGUGGGAGCAUUUAAGGAGGAAGGAGGUGGAGUUGCCGGAGUUUGUGUACGAUCACGAUGAGUAUCUGGAGUACCGGCCGAUGAUUGGGUAUGGAUUGGAGGGCGAUGAUCACCCGAGGGUGUACGGUAUGUCUACGGUGGACUCGCCUGUGAUCAUGUACUCCACCAGGUGCAUCUCCUAGCCGGUUGUUUAAUUUUCCGGUGAUGGAUGAAUAGGCCGGCCGGCGUUUGAUUGUUUAGGUUUUUGUGGGAGUUUCUGUGCGUGUUUUUCAGUUCAAACUUUGUAUAUACGCUUUUUGGUUUUUUUUUUUGGUUAUGAAUCUCCGAGCACUGUAAAUUCUAAUAGAAAUUAGGAAAAAAACAAAAAAAAAGUCGUCAAAAUGGUGUUUUAAUUUUUGUGGUUAGAUUAUAUUGUUGUAAUUUGUGUCAAAAUACAUUAUACCCCUUCCAUUAGGGUA